GAGGAAGUUGUAAAGAGUGAGCAAUUUAAUAGGACAAGUGCAUCUUAGAGGAAAAGACACGUACCUCGAGAGAAGCGAGAGACUCCUCGCGAUCGGCGCGAGUCGAGUCGAAUCGGAGGGCUCGGUGGUGGCGUACGAAGAGGAGGAAGGAGCCGUCAGGGUGGUUCGAGGGGGGACAGGAGGCGCGGACGCCCUGGCGACUGCCGGGGUGGUUUACCCGGCCGCGACGGCGACGUUGUUCCCCGGCCGGGUGCCGGCAGGACACCACCACCACCACCCCGAGUUCACCAGCACGUUGGAGCUGGGGUUCCCGGCGCGCGGCACCACCGCCUCAAUGGCGCUGGUAGCCCCGCCGCCCUCCUGGGCAUCGCGGGACCCUGGAGCUAGUCUCGGGGCCGGUGGUGGGCCCACACCAGCCGCGGCACCAGCUGCCACGGCCGGCGGCGGCGGACCACUUCAGGUUGGCCCGCCGCCGCCCAUGCCUCCUACUACGCAUUUAACACCCUCGGCUACGCCCGAAGAUAUCACGUGCCUCGUACCCACCGGUGCGGUUUUGACACCGAGAGAUCCUCUUCCACCUAGCACCACGCCCGGAAGUCAAGCCAACAGCUCGCAAUCCGGUAGCUCGCAAACGGACAAGUCACCGAAUAUCGAGUGCGUCGUUUGCGGGGAUAAAAGCAGUGGAAAGCAUUACGGACAAUUCACCUGCGAGGGAUGCAAGAGCUUCUUCAAGAGGAGUGUCAGGAGGAACCUGACGUACUCGUGUCGGGGUACCAGGAACUGUCCCAUCGACCAACAUCACAGAAAUCAGUGCCAGUUCUGUCGGCUGAAGAAGUGCUUGAAGAUGGGCAUGCGCCGGGAAGGUAUGCAUUCCGUUCAGAGAGGACGCGUGCCACCGUCGCAGCCAUCGCUGCCAGGUCUACCAGGACAAUUCGCUUUGACGAACGGUGACGCGGUCGCGUGCGCGAGCCUAAACGGGCACUCCUACCUCUCGUCCUACAUAAGCCUGCUCCUGCGCGCUGAACCAUAUCCAACAUCGAGAUACGGACAGUGCGUGCAACAAAGUAACAUCAUGGGAAUCGACAGUAUCUGCGAAUUAGCAGCGAGGCUUCUUUUUUCGGCUGUUGAAUGGGCAAGAAACAUACCGUUUUUCCCUGACCUUCAGGUGACCGAUCAGGUGGCACUGCUAAGGCUAGUCUGGAGCGAAUUAUUCGUACUUAAUGCGAGCCAAUGCUCUAUGCCGCUUCACGUGGCGCCACUUUUAGCAGCGGCGGGUCUUCACGCGUCCCCUAUGGCGGCGGAUCGCGUGGUAGCCUUCAUGGAUCACAUAAGGAUCUUCCAAGAACAAGUGGAGAAGCUGAAGGCCCUACACGUUGAUUCCGCGGAGUACAGCUGCCUCAAGGCUAUCGUUCUCUUCACGACAGAUGCCUGCGGACUCUCCGAUGUGGCUCAUAUCGAAUCCCUUCAAGAGAAAUCACAGUGUGCCCUUGAGGAGUACUGUAGGACCCAAUAUCCGAACCAACCAACGAGGUUCGGCAAACUCUUGUUACGAUUACCGUCGUUGAGGACUGUAUCCUCGCAGGUGAUCGAGCAACUGUUCUUUGUCCGUUUGGUUGGUAAAACGCCGAUCGAGACACUCAUCAGAGAUAUGUUGCUCAGUGGUAGCAGCUUCAAUUGGCCUUACAUGUCCCCGAUGUGACACUCUGUUUGGCGGCAGCUAGCUUCCGCAUAAUAUCAUCAUCAUCGUCGCCAUCUUACCUCGACACUUAGCUCGGCGAUCAACGAGGAGGAAAUCGAAUCCUUCGAAUUUCUUUGAGAUCAUCAACGAGAUUUAUUCGAUCGUGGGUUGACAUUAUUCAGCAUCGUCGUCAAAAAGAAACGCAAGAGGACGAAAGUUGCAGCUGAUGGAAGUCGAAGAAGAAUGAAGAGAAAGAAGAAGAAGAAAGAAGGAAGAAAAAAGAAGAAGAAGAAGAAGAAGAAGAAGAAGAAGAAGAAGAAGAAGACAUCGGUGUAAAAGAAGAGGAAAGGAAGAUGUAAUGAAGACGUUGUCGGAGAAGAAAAUCAGAGGCGCCAAGUUAGUGGCCCAACAACAUCCAAGAACACCGUUAACACUCUCUUUCUCCUUCUCUCUCUCUCUCACAUACACACACACACACACACACACGCACGCGCGCGCACGGACACACAUAUACAUACAUAUAUACACACAUUUUAAAAUGAUCGAGUUAAGAAGAGAAUGAGAGAGGGAUAAAAGUCAAGCAUGACCGUGAUACGUAUGACUGUACGGUGUAUAUCAUAGAAUUAAAGAGGAGAGAGAAAGAUAGAGAGAAAGAUAGAGAUAGAGAGAGAGAGAGAGAGAGAGAGAGAUAGAGAGAGAUAGAGAGAGAGAGAGAAAGAGAGAGAGAUAAAGAGAGAAGGAGAAAGAGAGAAAAAGGUGACGCGAGGAAAUCAUAAAUUAGCAUUUAUAAUCGAGCAACGGCAGAGUUAAGAAAGCGCAGCGCGCUAGAGAAAAGAUCUUUUCGCGGUGUUAUCUCGAGGAAUCGAUCUUCGCGUCGAGUACUCGCCGUUAGGUCGAGUCAUGCCAGGAACCUUAGUCAUCCUUCGCCUUGACGUGUUCUACGAAAUCUUUCUCUCUCUCUCUCUCUCUCUCUCUCUCUCUCUCUCUCUCUCUCUCUCUCUCUCUCUCUCUCUCUUUUCCUCUCUCUAUCUCUCUAUAUAUAUAUAUAUUAUUCUACUAGAAAAUUUUGUUAUUCGAAAAGUGUAGUCCUGCAAGGAGUAAUCUUUUUUAUUUCAUUUGAAUCAUUUUCAUUCCAUUGAAAUUUUCAUCUUAUUAUCAGAUCUUUGGAAUCUCUCUCUCUUUCCCUCUCUCUCUCUCUCUCUCUCUCUCUCUUUCUCUCUUUUCUUUCUCCUUUUUUCUCCUUCUUUAUUAUGUUCUUAUCUGCACACAGAGCUUCCUUCUUUUGCGUUGUCCUUAUAUAUUUACUAUUUCGUUUUCCUUUUGGAAUUAAUUUAUUUCCGUUAAUAACAACCCACGUAAAUACUCGUUUUUCUUAUCUCCCCGUUGCUAUUUUACUCAUUUCAUUUGAUAUUACUCGAUCGUUAUCCUUUGAGAGGGUUAUGAUAAAAAUUGCGUUUGAAUAAAAAUUGUAAGUUACUGGAUAUUGUGAAGAUAUGGAAAAAUUGUUAAACUGCGUACCAAUGUUUUUUUUAGUACAUUGUAAUAAAUAUAAAUUAUAAAUUUUUUGUAAAUUGUUUAUAUAUAUAUAUAUAUAUAAAUACAUAUACAUACAUACAUAUAUAUAUAUAUAUACAUUUAUAUAUAUAUAUGUAGCGAGGAUGACGAAAUAUAUUUUAAUUUUGUUAUUAAGUGUUAAAACGCAAGAGAUAAACAAGAUGCAAUCAUCAGGUGAUGUAACGCGACGUAGCACGAUAAGGAUUAAUUAUUAAACGAUUUUAAUUAUCUUCGAUCUUAUGAUUUAUUUAAUAAUUAAGAACGUAAACGAUAUAGGUUGGAAUUUAUUUUUUUUUCUUACUUUAUUUUUUUCUUUCUUCCUUUCUUUCUAUUUUUUCUUUUUUUUUUUUUUUUUUUAAACAUCACAAAAACAAUCUAAGCGACCCAACGAACAUACGAUGAUUGUAAAUAUGGUAUUUGUACGUUUUGGGAGAUUUUACUUAAGUUAAUGAGAUAAGACAGAGAGAGAGAGAGAGAGAGAAAGAAAGAGAGAGAGAGAGAGAAAGAAGAGAGUAUGUGAGAGAAAGAAAGAGAGGGAGAGAGAGAGAGAGAGAGAGAGAGAGAGAGAGAGAGAGAGUGAAAAACAAGAAAGAGAAAAUGUUUACUCGAGCUUUGCUAGAGAGAGGGAAAGAAAAUAGUGAAUUUAAUUAACGAACGAGCACAUGUUAAGUGCCAUCGCGAUAUCCGCCAUGACGGCGGUUCUUCUCGCGUAAUGAAGUCGAAUAAAUAACAUUCGGGUGUUUAGUAUUUUCUUUUCUUUUUUUUUUUUUUCUUCUUUUUCUUUUCACUUUUCUUGUUUUUAUUUAACAAUCGAACUUGUUGCUCUCGAUAUUUAAACAUUCUUUGAACCAUUGCCUCGUCCGCUGUAAACGCUUUUCUUUUUUUAGAUAUAUCAACAUACCCGGUGAUCGGCAAAUAUCUAAUAAAAAAAGGAAAGAAAGAAAGAAAGAAAGAAAGAGAGAAAGAGAAAGAGAGUGAUAUUCAACGAGAAAUAGAUAGAAAUGUUCGAAGUGUCCAAGAGCAAAAACGCGACGAGAUGCAUGGAAAUAUAUUUUUAAUUCAAGAAUAUUUGAAAUCGCUCGUCAUAGCUCUGCGUCUUUUUUGAUAAGUCAUCGAUACGUUAUUAUCGGAGCCAGAAAGAAAAAAGAGAGAGAGAGAGAGAGAGAGAGAGAGAGAGACAGAAAAAGAGAGAAAGAGAAAGAGAGAGAAAGAAAG